AUGAGGACUGUCACCACUCUCUCGACCCUUUGCGCCUUGUGCGGCCUGACGACCGCCUGGCUGCCCGGCAUUCACAAGGACAUCACCUCCGUCGACGGCCAAAAUCACUUCAACACCUCCUCGGACAACAAGCGAUGGCUCCCGGCCUCGGGCAAGAUCCGCGGAGUCGACCUGGGAUCCCUGUUUGUCACCGAGCCCUGGAUGGCAAGCAAUGCCUGGAGCUCCAUGGGCUGCGGCAACGCGCCGUCCGAAUUCGACUGCGUCAUGAAUCUGGGCCAGGAUGCCGCCAACUCGGCCUUUAAGAACCACUGGAGCACGUGGAUCACCAAGGACGACAUCACCGAGAUGCAGAGCUACGGCCUGAACACCAUCCGCAUUCCCGUCGGCUACUGGUUGAAGGAGGACAUUGUCUACAAGGACAGCGAACACUUCCCCCAGGGCGGCCUGUCCUACCUGGAGCAGGUCUGCGGCUGGGCCAGUGACGCCGGCUUCUACAUCAUUAUCGACCUGCACGGUGCCCCGGAAGCUCAGGUGCCUAAGAAUGCCGACACGGGUCAGUACGCUCCCACCGCCGGUUUCUAUGUCGACUACCAGUAUGAGCGCGCCCUCGAGUUCCUCGAGUGGAUGGCGACCAACAUCCACACCAACAACAACUUCCGGAACGUUGGCAUGCUGGAAAUCGUCAACGAGCCGCUUCAGGAUCCCAACCAGGUGGAAAGCAUGCGGACCAGCUAUUACCCGAACGCGUUCAAACGAAUCCGCGCCGCGGAACAGAAACUCGGCAUCACGCCCAACAACUACAUCCACAUCCAGAUGAUGAACGAGAAAUGGGGCUCGGGCGACCCGACGCAGGCGCUGACGGACAACUACUUCGCCGCGUACGACGACCACCGCUACCUGAAGUGGGACUCGAGCGUGCCCGUGUCCAAGGACAGCUACCUGAAAACGUCGUGCAACGACGACCGCGGCGGCAACUGGCCCACGAUCGUGGGCGAGUUCUCGCUCAGCCCUCCGGACAACGUGCAGUGGACGUCGGACUGGGAACCGAACACGAACAAGGACUUUUACAAGAAGUGGUUCGCGGCGCAGGUCAUGUCGUACGAGAAGCAGAACGGCUGGAUCUUCUGGUCGUGGAAGACGGACCUGAACGACUACCGGUGGUCAUACAAGCAGGCUGUCGAAGCGGGCGUUAUCCCCAAGGACCUGAACUCGGUCUACAACAUGGGUGCUUGCUGA